GCUCAGGCGACCUCGGCUCAAGCCAAGGAAAGACGUUUCGGCGCGCCUGACUCGCCGGAAGCCGCGCGCCCCGCCUUAUCCCUUUUCUUAUCAUGAUGCGCCGCGGAGUCGCUCGCAGCCUCCGGUCGCUGCCGAAGCGGGAUCGGUGGCAUAUGCUCCAGGAGUAUGCCGUGGGGGAGAAGAACCAGGAGGAGUUCCGGCGCCUGCGGGUGAGGGACAGCCAGGUCACCACCUUGGUGGACUCCGCGCAGGCGCCCAAAGGCAUUGACUGGAGCGCCUGGGAGGGCAAGAUCAGCAACAAGGAGGUGUUGGGCUGCCUCAAGGGCUUCCACGAGCAGCAGUCCACGCUGCUGGAACAGGUGCUCAAGGAGGACCACAGCGCGGCGGUGAAGAAGCAGACGGAGGGCUGGGAGUUGUUCGACGCCUCGGUUCAGAGCUGUCAGAAGUCCGUGGAGAAGUCCGAGACGAUUUUGAAGAACGGCGCACGGGCCCUCUGGAUCUCCUUCCAGAACCCGCCCAUCUCCCUGCUGUCCCAGUCCGAGUGGCUGGACUCGGACCAGUACUGGCAGGCCUUCGUGGAGAAGCACCACUUCUACCACAACCACCUGGCCAGCGCGGUGGAAGACCCCGAGAGCAAGGACUACGACGCCAAGCAGAAGGCGGACCUGAAGCGGAACUGGGAGACCUUCGAUGGCCGCGGCACCACCAGGCAGAACAACAAGCUGCUGUACCAGCGCCCCUCCUUCGAGUACUAUGACGUCUUCCGGGGGCCCCUGAUCGAGCACAUGAUUUUCUACCUCACGAAGACCGGCGGCGACGCCCGCACUUUCCCGGAGAUGAUGCCCACGAAGUGGUACGCGGAGAUCUACGACGUGCGCUUCAAGCUCUACUCCGUGCUGCAGCGCCGAAAGCGGCAGUUCCACGAGUCCACCUGGGCACGGGAGGCCUUCCAUGACUUCCACCCCCACGACUUGGAGCACGACGGGGAGGCCUACUACUCCAAGCUCAUCGCCAAGGAAGCCACUGCCACCGAGCUGUGCGCCGGCCGCCUCAUGGGCAACUUCAUCCUCUUCAGCGACGAGUACGUGCCUGUGCAGUCGGGCACUUCCUUCUACCGGGCCGUGCAGAUGGACGGCGGCAAGGGCACCUUCUACAGCCUCGGGGAGGAUGUGAAUUGCAUCUUCUACCGCCCGGCCGGGGAUGCUCUGAUGACUCCGGACCCCGUGGAGUGCUUCCAGGCCCUGGCGGACCACGCGAGCCUCACGGGGCGGAAGUUCGAGCCCGGCUACGCCGCGGUGCUGGAGGCCUUCACCGAGAUCUUGAGCUCCCGGAAGGAGGGCCUGCAGGGGCAUUGGUUCACCGGGCCCGGGGAGAGCUCCAAAGAGGCAUUCAUGCGCCGCCUCAAGACCACGGACCCGGCCCACGACAUCUACGAGGCCUACGCGGAGGAGCACAGCGAGCGCUGGAAGAACGCCAAGGCCCUGAGCAUGGACGAGGCCACCAAGGCGAUGCCCGAGAUCGAGCGCAAGUACGCCAUCGAGUGCGAGGAGUACAAGAACAUCCUCUACGGUGUCAACGACGAGAUGGCCGCGGCCGGGAAGUUGGAGCAAGAGCAGCUGGCGAAGCUGGCGGACCUCGGGGAGCUGCAGGGCAAGCUGGACGGUGGGGAGCUGGUCGCUGUGAACGCGGAGGGCGCCAUGAGCGCGGACGCCGUGAGCAAGGCCCUUGACGAGCUGGACUCUGUGCGCGACAAGAGUGUGGACAUGGUCAUGGCCACCAAGCUGCCUGCCCUGGAGAAGCGAAAGUGAGUGGGACGGUUAGCGGGGAUUUUCGAUCGCGCGCGAAGGUCAAGCGCAAUUGAGCGAAACCGAGGGAGGCAGCGGAAAAGGACGCGGGCCGAGAUGAAAAGUCUCCACACCCAGGGG